AUGUCAACGGAGAGUGUAGGGCAGACCGCAUCAAUGAGCCCAGAACAAGGCCAAGGACGAGACCCGAAGGUCCCAGCCCGCAAGCGCCGAAGACCUGCCCUGUCGUGCGCGCAAUGUCGCAACCGCAAGGUCAAAUGUGAUCGCAAGUUUCCUUCCUGUGAUCGCUGCAUUCGAAUCGGUCAGGCCCAUGCUUGUUCUUACAGCGAUGACAUCUUCUCGCGUACAGGAAGGAAGGAUCCUCGUCCUCAGCACGCUGAAUGUGACCACACUUCUGCGCGGAGUAACCGCUCGAGAUCGCCAAAAAGACAAGUCGGAGCUCCUCCCGUUUACAAGCCAAGGCAAGGGAUAUCUGAUCCAGCAACAGCAGAGAGCCUUACGCGGGCAAUUCCAGCAGCGGAAGGCCAUCUCAUGGAGAAGCACCCCGAUACUGGCGCAGCUGUUGCAGGAGAGACGUCGACGCAAGUUAUCAGACGUUCCAUAAGGAAUGAACGAAACCUUUCAUGUAUCACUGGAUCCACUUAUCUGAAGGGAAAUGACUCCCAAACAAGAUUCUUUGGUCAAACGCAUGCCAUGAAUAUGUACUCUCAGUUUGAAGGACUCCGUACAUAUAUCAAAGAGAUCAAAUCCGAAAAUUCUGCACUCAACAACUUGCGCACAGAGUUUGAGGUUUUCAAACGCAGUUGCAAGAAGGGCGUUGUCGAUAGCCGUUCCUUGGAUGGUCUAGUUCCCCCCCGCCAAACGGCCGACGAGCUUGUCGCCGUUUACCUCGAUUGCAUUGAGCCAACCCACCGCGUCCUGCACAUACCCUCAUUUCGAAGGGAAUAUGCCCAAUAUUGGGGAAGUCCGCAGACUGCGGCGCCCGGAUUUGUAGCACAGCUGUUGGCAAUGAUGGCAGCUGCGCUUGUCUUGCACAACUCGAGCACGACUGGAUCUUUGAGUGUAGGACCCGCGCUUCGGGAGACAGCACGUGAAUGGGUGGAAGCUGCAGAGUCGUUCCUACAGAGAUAUACAAAGCGGCCAGACCUGAGGAUUUUCCAGAUCUGCUGCCUGUCGAUAGUGGCCAGGAGAGUCAACGGGCUAUCGGAGAAUCAAGCAUGGAUCGCCACAGGCAGCCUGGUCAAACGGGCCAUGUCCGCUGGCUAUCAUAGGGAACCCAACGAUCAUGCUAAGAUAUCUCCAUUCCACAUUGAAAUGCGAAGGCGGAUAUGGGCAACUAUAGUAGAACUGGACCUUCAGGCGUCUGUCGAUCGUGGGAUGCCCCCUUCAGUAAGAGAGGGGGAUUUCAAUACCAUUGCGCCCAUGAAUCUUAAUGAUGAUUCCUUUGACGAGACCUCUUCGGACUUGCCGACAACAGAAUCUCUUGAAGUGCUUACUAAUUCGGCGUUCCAGGCUGUUUUGACCAAGUCCCUUUUGCUACGAUUAAGAAUCUGUGCAUGGGCCAACGGUGCAAACAUUAAACUGGAUUAUGAGGACGCCUUAAACAUGGACGAGGAACUAUCGCAACAAAUAAAUAGCAUUCCAGUUUGGAGUCGCCCUGCUGCAGACGAUGCAAGCAGCCAGCAGAAGUCUCGUACACGAGUGCUCCUCGAGCUAACCCUGCGCCAAUAUGUAAUCUUAUUGCACACACCGUUUGCAUCCUUGGGGCAGCAAAUCUCCAAAUACACACACUCAAGAAGAGCACGCCUUGAAGCCGCGACGACCAUUCUCUGUCAGUUUCGGGAUAUCCUGCAGCCCAGUACCAGCAACAUGAUACAAUAUAUCAUGCCAAGUGUCAGUGUCCAGGCUGCAUUGACAGUAUGCCACGAGUUGUAUAUGAGGGAUGCUGGAUACGGUUCAUCGCCCAUCUUAAGGGCAGUCCCCAACUUUGCCGAGUCUCUAAUUUCCCUUGCCGAAUCAGCAUUGGACAGAAUUGAAACACAAAUAUACAUGACUGGCAAGAAGGCGCCAGAAUUUUAUCUCUUGACAAUGGUCUUGUCGCUAGUGAAAGCAAGGCUUUGGCCAGCCUCGGCGGAGGCCAGUCGGUCAAGGGCGGCGGAGCAGAUUCUGAAAAUCGGUCGCCGAUUAUACACCUGGCAGAUGCAGGCUGAGACAGAGAAGACCCUGCGCCGAAAUAUGCCACAAAGGGCCAUUAUGCCUACCCCAAGAUAUUCCACCACUCAGGCGGAUGCAGCAAACAUAUUAUCACAUCAGGGACCAAACAAUGGCUCCCAGGUAAUUGAAGAUUUCGGACUUCCGGAGGGAGACGUUGAGGCAGAUGUUUUUGGCGUCUGGAAUCUGGAAGAUCUGUUCGGGUUCUAG